UUUUUAAUUCAUCUGAUGUUUGAUCUGUCAGAUUUUGCCUAACACAUCCUCUGAAGUCUCUUUCAUCGUGCCAAACCUCAAAAAAGUUGACUACAAUUUCGACACUUGUAAAUCUCAGCUCCUUGUUUUGAACCAAGAACUCCCAUUGCACCCAGUUGAACAAGGUCAGUCUUUUCUUGUAUAUACAUGCGUAUAUGUAUAAUUCUUCAGCCAUGUAAAUGAAGCAAUGGCAAAGCUCCUACAUAUUUAAAGUCAAGCCAUAGACCACAAGUGGUCUCCGUGAUUGAUGAGAGCAAAACGAGUAAGGUAUGGCGAAGAUAAGUCAACACUUCUUGUAUGCUUUUCUUCUUCACGCGGUCCUCAUUUCAGCAAGAUGCCAAGCAACAUCCGAGCAUCCAAAGAAACAUGUUGUUGCCUUCUUCAUCUUCGGUGAUUCAUUUUUAGAUGCCGGCAACAACAACUAUAUCAACACCACAACUCUUGACCAAGCAAACUUCUGGCCUUAUGGAGAAACCUUCUUCAAGUUCCCCACCGGUCGUUUCUCUGACGGUCGUCUGGCACCGGAUUUUAUUGCCAAAUAUGCAAAUCUUCCAUUUAUCCCACCUUUUCUACAACCUGGCAUUGAUCAAUAUUACCAUGGAGUCAAUUUUGCAUCUGCCGGAGCCGGUGCUUUAGUUGAAACAUAUAAAGGGGAUGUGAUUGAUCUUAGAACACAGUUGAGAUAUUACAAGAAGGUGGAGAAGUGGUUGAGACAUAAGCUAGGCAAUGAUGAAGCCAAGAUGACAAUAUCAAAAGCUGUAUACUUGUUUAGCAUUGGAAGCAAUGAUUACAUGAGCCCUUUCUUGACCAAUUCCACUAUUCUAAAGUCAUACACAGACUCCAAAUACGUUGGGAUGGUCAUCGGCAACUUGACAACAGUGAUUAAAGAGAUAUACAAGUUGGGGGGCAGAAAAUUUGCAUUUAUCAAUGUCCCACCACUGGGCUGUCUGCCCACAAUCAGGAAUAGCAACGGUAGCUGCCUGAAAGAAACUUCAUUGCUUUCAACAUUACACAACAAAGCUCUCUCCAAGCUCCUCCGUGAACUGGAGGAGCAAUUGAAGGGUUUCAAACACUCACACUUUGACCUCAACAGCUUUCUUGAACAAAGAAUCAAUCAUCCUUCUCAAUUUGGUUUCAAGGAAGGGAAAUCAGCAUGCUGUGGAACUGGGCCAUUUCGAGGAGUUUUUAGCUGUGGAGGAAAGAGACUAGUGAAGCAGUUCGAGUUAUGUGAAAAUCCUAAUGAAUACGUGUUUUGGGACUCUAUUCAUCUCACUGAAAAGGCUUACAGACAAUUGGCAGAUCAAAUGUGGGGUGGAGGGGUUGGCCACCCUCAUGUUCUUGGGCCUUAUAAUCUAAUGAAUCUAUUCCAAACAGAAACUUAGACUCUGUAUGGCACGUAUUUUCAAGAAUUUCUGAAUUUUUUAAUUUCAAAUUAUUUUUUAUGUUUUUUA